CCGAGAUAUACAUUAAUAAGUGCAAUUUUCAUAUAUUAAUAUAAAUAAAUUCAAAUGAUUUAUCCAUUCAAUGGUUACGUAAACUUUAACUUAUUUUGUACAGGGACCAUAUGGAUUUUUUGUAUAAUUUAGCGUUUGACAAGGUUUUCAAGAUAAUUUUAGAAACAGGCGCGAUUGUUUGAUAAUAAACAUCCGCUCGGUUUGAACAGUGUUCGGUCAGAUAACAUGUAGCCUUGGCGAGACGAGUUUGAAGUUUACACUGACUCAGUAAGUCGCAGAUUAUUAGCGCGGUUGGAGCAGUAAUUAUAUAAAAUUAAUACUGGUGUAAAAUAUAAUAUAAAAGUGAAUAUACUAUUAAUUUACCCUAAUUAAAUGAACUGUUUUAUUGAAUUAAUUGAAUUAUUUUAUUUAAACUGGAUUUGUAUAUGAUGCUAAAUUCACAAUGAAAGGAGUGAAAGGAGCAAAUCGAAGCGAACCGCGCCCAUUAGAGAUGAAUUCACAAAUUCUCGAAAUAAAUAAAGAGGGUUAUAUGCAGUUAUAUGCAGGAUGCACUGACUCUACAAGGAUCGAGAAGCUUCCGAAUUUAUAUCAAGAUAUAAUUCUUGAAGUUGUAAAUGCCUUGACAGAAAACAAUUGUUUGAGACUUGAUCAAGCAAUCCAACAUUUAAACAACAAUACUAAAGAUAUAGUAAUAUGUGAAGCAUAUUGUCAUAUUUGCAGUCAAGGUAACACAAUAUCCGCAAAAAUGCGCAACCACAUACAUUCGAUACUCGUGCCUUUACGUUUUUAUAACGUCACUGGGGCAGAAGUUGCAGCUAACACUGAUAGAAAGCUGACAAUUGAAUAUCUAAAUACAUUAUUACAGGAACUACAAAAAGAGGAUUCAAGUGAUUUGAAAAAUUAUCUUGUUAAUAACAUUUUGUUUUUUGCUAAUAGCUUUAAAUUUGACAGUAAAGAACAUAAAAUAGAAUUGCCGUGGAAUGCGUUCCUAUUCUACAUUCAUCAAUAUAAUGAUUAUUAUAUGAAUGCACAUAAUGAAAAUCAUGUAUAUCAAGUAACGGUUAUCAAAAAAACACAAUUUAUCGAUUAUGUUAAAUGCUUUAAUAAGGGCCUAGAAAUGUUCCUAAAAAAUUAUAACGAUAUCGAAAAAUUUAAAAAGUAUGCAGCGCAGAUAAAAGAGCCUAUUGAUAAAACGUAUUGGGAAUUAAGAGAUUUGCAUACUUUACAAAGAUUACAUGAUUUAUUUGAACCCCGUCAUGAAGCUAAUUAUUAUGGACUUUUAAGAAUACUGCAAAUGUGUGGUGAAUGUGUUAAAGGAAGCGAGCAAACGCCAAAUAUGUCAGAAAAUCUCUUAAAAUUAAUGGAUAAUAUCUUGCCAUUGAAAUCUAUCAGGUCAAUUAGAGAUAUGGCGUGUCAUUUAACGACGAUUCCAGGCGAUAAAGAAGAUUAUUCAAAAUUGAGCAGAUUAAUUAAUAAUAUAUUUAUAAAAAUCGGAGAUGUACUCGUAUUUAAAAGAUUUGAACAAGCUUUCAAAAUAAAAGAGUCAAUAUUAAGCACACCAGAUUUAAUAUCGAUGCCACACACGCUAAAUUUUGAAUUUUCCUCAUUUGAACCAGCCAUAGGAACAUUAGAUGAAUCUUCCGUCAGAAACAAUCAACUUCGUGAAAAUCAAGUCAAUCGCCUAUUAGCAAGGUUUGAAUUCAACAACAAAUUGCGAAAGGAAUACAAUUAUAACUUAUUAGAAAUGUCAUCAGCAAAUUGGAAAGAAGCUGAAGAAAAACUAGUAUCUGAGUGCAAAGUAAGUGAUGCGGACAAAGACAUUUUAUCCGAUUUACUUAAAGAGUUUAAACGGCUUAAUAAGGAACAGGGUACACCAAAAGAAAAAGCGAAGCGGAAGGAGGCGAAUGGAAAAAAAUUUGAAGAAGAUCUUGAAAUAAAUUAUGAAAAAUCUUUAAAAAUUUUAAAAAUUGAGGUGGAAAAGAAAAGCGAUUUAGGUGUUGAAUUUGUUUUGAUUAUUAUUUUAAAAAUCUUGGAUGAAGAUUUGAAGAGAUUAAAUCAGAAUAGAAAUUGGUUUUUAAACAAAUAUCCCACUCUUACUGGAAGGCAACUCCGAAACCAUUUAGCUCACGGUGAUCCUCUCGCAGAUAUACUACAACUUGAUAGAAGAACUGUCGUCUAUGAUACUGCAAAUAUGCUUAUUGAGGAGAUUGACGAUAAAAAUAAAAGAAUCCAAAGGAAAUGUGAAAAAAUCAUGCCACCCAUGAGUCUAUUAGAGUUAAUUGCGAGACAUAAUUCACCAUUAACCAUUCUAAAAUUAAAAAAUAAAAUAAAUGAUCACAUUCAAAGCGGGUGUAUCGAAGAGCUAAAAAAACUAUUGACAAAAGCCAAAAUGGAACAAUAUGAAUGGAGCGACGAUAUCACGGUUUUAAAUUUGGCAGCGGGCAAUUCACUUGAUAACGUCGAAGUAUUUGAUUUAGUAUUUGUUGAAGUAAAUGAUAAGUUUUCUUCUCGCCAGUUUAGAGAUGAAUUUGGAAAUAACAUGCUGCAUGCGGCUGCUGAGAAAGGUAAUGUGCAAAUUGUUUCACACAUCUUAAAAUCCAAAAAGUUAUGUCGUAAACUUUACGCUAAUAUCGCUAACAGUAAUGGUGACACACCAUUUCACGCAGCCGCAAUUGCUAAACAACUUGGUACUUUUAAAGUAUUGUGUAACAGUUGGUUUAGUAAGCAUCUUUAUUAUUGCAACCAUAGUGGUCAUACAGCUAUACAUAGUGCAAUUGUAUAUGAUUGUAUUGAUAUCGUUGACAUGUUUCUGCAGUGGAAUUAUGACAAAUCAAUCGACGAGAUCCUAGGAGAAAACAACCACACUUACCUUCAUCUGGCAAGCGCUCACAAUAAAAGGGAGCUAGUUCGUUAUCUUGUUGAAUAUGGCUCAGAUGGGAAUGCAAGAGACAAAAAAUUGCAAACGCCAUUAUCACUCUGUUUGCAAUUUUCGAAUUCGCCAUUAUCGACAAUGUUGGGACAAUAUAUGAAUUCUGUUAGCGAGGAUAAUCCUAUGCAUGAUGUAAUCACUUCGAAAUUAGGUACUUUAGAGGAGGCAUAUAACAUUGCACCAUAUUUCCUUUGGACAACAGCUAAUGACGAACGCACACCAAUUUCACUUGCUAUUACGGAUAAUAAUUUAGAAUUCAUGGAAGAAAUGUUUCACCAGGUGUUAUUAGAUUAUUCCGAAAAACCUUACAUAUUCAAAGCGGUCAUUGCUAACAUGUGUGACAGGAAUUGGAAAUAUCUUGAAUCAUAUGUAAGAUCACUCUUGAAUCUAAUUCUGAAUAAUGUAAUGGACAAGGAUAAUGAUAAACUCAUGUGUUUUUGGGGAUUCAUUCUGUUGGGGGAAGUUUUAAAUUCAAUUGACGAUUUCUACAUUCCCAUAGAAACAAUCAUUAGAAUAAUGUUGGAAAAAAUCAAUUUAUUUGGAUGCGAUGACAGAAUUAUUGCAUGUUUUUAUUCCGUAUUUGCUUGGUGUGAAACUCUAAAUGAAUCGGAAUUUUUAGAAUUGAGUCACAUGCUUUGUAAUAAUCUGUCGGUGUAUUGUUACAUCAAUCAUUUCAAUACAUUAGAUUUAUUAUGUUUGCUAACAAGAAAUGCAACAGAUCAACAACGAACUGAAUUGGGAUCUAUGGAUCUAAUUAGAGUAUUAGUUAAUAUUGAAAAUGCAGAUAAAAAGGAGAAGGAACUAAUUAUAGAAAUAAUGUACUAUUUUACAUUAGAUCAUGAGCAGAAUAAGCUCCAAUUUUUAGAAGACGAUGGUUUAAGGUUUGCCAUUGAAGAUUUUGAUAACGCUAUUAGCGACUGGCAUAAAACAAAAGUGGCUGAACUAUUAUGUACUACAGUAAUGUCUGUGCAUUUUUCCAAGGAAAUAAAUAGCAUUUUGUUUAAUGCGAUAACUUUUGCUGACAUUGAAAACAUGUUUCGUAACACAAAUCAAGAAUUGAAGUGGGUAACAUGUGGAAUUCUUCUAAAGAUUUACUCAUUUAAGAAAAAUUUGUUCAAAAAUGAACGAAUACGAAGCAUGUUUAUGGAUAAUAUGAAGAAGAAAUAUUUCAUGGAUUUUUGUACAAUUCCGGUUUUAGAUAGUUCUGAUUGGUUGCUUAAUCUCUUGUUAGAUGAUUCAUUUGAAUGUCAGUAUUGGGCUGCUUGGACUAUUAGGAAUUACACACGACGUGACACUACAAAAAUGUAUAAACUAGUUACUGAAGCUUUGCCGAAUAUUUCCAAGCGUAAUUCUGAAAUCGACGAGUUGCUAGCAGUUGCCAUAGCUGAUGUUUACUUUACUUAGCUUAAUAUG